GGCGCGCCGCCACCCUUUUGUACGACUGUGCACCAUCGGCUUAUACGAAGACGUAGCGAAGAGAGGCAGGCAGGUAGGUAGGCAGGUAUACACCGCCACCCUCCUCCACUUCUUCGCACACCCCCUCACCCCGGCUGACGCGGUGUAGUGGCGGUGCGAGAAGAAUGCCCACGACGAGGCGGAGGCGAAGGAGAGGCAGAAAGUUUAGGCAAAGAGGGGGUGAGGGGGGCCCGGCGAGGGGGGUGAGGGGGGGCCCGUCUAACGGGACUCCGUCCACAAGCGGGACACCCCGAGGCGAGAGGCGCGCGCGCCUGCGCAUAAAGACGCUCUUGUAAGCUGGGCCACGCGAUCACAGCCACAGCAGCCGGGCGAGCCAGUGAGAGCAGGGGUGUCAGCCCCCUUCGGGUCCGAAAAAAACGUACAUUGUUGUGACUUUGGUGCGCGAGCAACGGGACUUUGUGGACGUCCCCCCACCCCACUACAUCGACGCGAGACUCACACCUGCGGUUUCUGGUUCUGUUAAUUGGGACACGUCAGCAGUGCCUGGUGUGCUGCUGAAGCAAGUCAUCUUCUCGUUCUUUUUUUUUUAUUUUUUUUUUUUUCUAAUUUAAAUCCGGGACUGCGCGACGAGAGCAGAGCGAGACAGUGUGUGUCUUCGUGAACUCCGCGGCCACCGAGACGACCCCCUCAGCACCUCCGUUGGCCCUGGAUUAACCUCGGGAGGCAGCAGACAAGGGGAAGCAUGUACCUGUGGCCGGCGCUCUUCUUAUCGGUCCUGGGUGCCGGCUCGGUAUCACCGGCAACCGCGGCCGAGGGAGGGCACAACCGCACCCGCCGAGAAGUACAACCGCGGACGGACCUGAAGAUCGUCUGCUACUACUCAAACUGGGCCGUGUACCGACCCUCGCUGGCAAAGUUCACCCCGCAGAACAUCAACCCGUACCUGUGCACGCACAUCAUCUACGCGUUCGCCGGCUUCAACAAGCGUUACGAGCUGAAGCCGUACGACCCGUACAAUGACAUCGAGCAAGGUAACUACAAGAAGUUCGUGGGACUGAAGCAGUACAACCCUGGUCUCAAGACCAUGGUCGCCGUGGGUGGAUGGAACGAGGGCUCUAAAAGGUUCUCGCACAUGGUGUCCGACCGGAGCCAGCGGCAGAAGUUCGUUCGCAGCGCGAUCAAGUUCUGCCGCGAGCACGGCUUCGACGGCCUCGACAUGGACUGGGAGUACCCGGCCUUCCGCGAGGGAGGCAAGCCAGAGGACAAGCAAGGGUACGCGCAGCUCAUCCGGGAGCUGCGCGAGGCCUUCGAGGCCGAGGCCGUGCCUAGGGGCAAGGAACGUCUGCUACUCUCGGUCGCCAUGCCAGCCGGCAAGGAGUACAUCGACAGCGGUUUCGACGUGCGAGUCAUCUCCAAGGCGGCCGACUUCCUCAACCUGCUCACAUACGACUACCACACGGCGUACGAGUCGGCCACGCAGCACCACGCCCCGCUGGGCUCGCCCGACGGCCUGCGCGACUGGGACGAGGAGAGCCGGCUCAACGUGCGCUGGACGGUCGACUACUACCUGAACGCCGGCGCCCCGCGCAACAAGCUCGUCGUGGGCGUGCCCACCUACGGCCGCUCGUACACGCUGGAGGACCCCGACGAGAACGAGCUCGACUCGGCGGCGCAGGGACCCGGCGAGCCCGGCAACUCGACGCGCGAAAAGGGCUACCUCGCCUACUUCGAGAUCUGUCAGAACGUGAACGAACUGGACUGGGAGCUGCAGCGGCCCGAGCCCCGGCGGAUGGGACCGUACGCCUUCAAGGACGACCAGUGGGUCGGCUUCGACGACGAGCAGAUGGUGCGCGAGAAGGCGCGCUACGUCCUCUCCAAGGGCCUGGCCGGCGCCAUGGUCUGGACGCUGGACAACGACGACUUCCGCGGCCACUGCGGCGGCGAGCAGAGCCCGCUCAUCACGGCGCUGCGCAAGGAACUCCUGGAAGGCGCGACCUCCUCGGGCUCCUUCGAGGACGAGGACGAAGAAGACGAAGAGGAAGAGCUGGCCGCCAGCACCAACACCCGCUCGACGACCGCGGCGCCCAGGGCCGCGCAGCGACAGCAACGCCAACAGGAGAUCGGUCGCCGCGUGGCCAAGUCCUCGCUGUCGCCGGGACGUCGAGGCAGCGCGGGGUCGCGCAAGAACUUGGCCCUGUCGGUGACCACGCCGCCGCCGCCGCCGACCCCGGACCCGGGACCGGCGUUCGAGUGCGAGGACGAAGGGUUCUUCAACAACCCGCGCGACUGCCGGAAGUACUUCUGGUGCCUGGACUCCGGGCCGGCCAACCUGGGCACGGUGGCCCACGCGUUCACCUGCCCCUCGGGACUGUACUUCAACUCGAAGUCCGAGGCGUGCGACUACAAGGAGAACGUCGUCUGCAAGGUCCAGACACCAACCGAGGCUCCGUCCACCACGACGCGCAAGCCGCGGCGGUCCAAGGCUCGCUCCACCACCACCACCACCACCACCACCACGACGACGACAACCACGACCCCGAGACCAACCACGACGACGACCACUACAACCACGACCACACCGCGGCCCCCGACCACGACCACCAAGGCGGCCGACCAGAACGUCGCCGAACUGCUCAAACUCCUGCAGAGCAUCGGCGGCGUCGAGAAGCUGCAGACCAUCCUAACCUCGGCCGAGAACCCGGCGGGACCCGGCGUCGGCACGGGAUCCCGUCGGCUCCCGCCUCAGGUGUUCGUCCCCACUGAACCGCCGUUCCGGCCCGUGUACAACGACAGCAGCGCCGCGGCGCAGGGUCACGUCAUCCGGAGGCCCCCGCUGUUCCAGGAACCCCAGCUGUUCCAGUACGUCGAGCCGGCUCGCCCGCCGCCUACGCAGUUUGCUCCUCCGCCGCCGACUCCGUACGCUGCACAUCCGACUCCGACGCCCCGAGAAGAGACCAACGUGUUCGUGGGACCCAUACACGGAACGCUGCCUCCGCGAAUGCCCUUCCAGUUCGUGUACCAGGCGCCCGAGAGGGGACAGCCGCAACAGCAACUGCAGCUGCAGCCGCCGUCGCAACAGCAGCAGCAAGUCUUUCAAGGCUACCAGGAGGCGCCCGUCGGUCCCCCUCUGGCACCGGCGCCCGUGAACACUCCCGUGAACGUUCCCGCUCCCGCGUUCUCACCCCCGACGGUGCCGCCCUCGGUGUACCCGACGCAGCCGUCGACGUCCUCGUAUAGGGAUUCGGCCGUGACGCCGAUAGACUUCCCGCCGGACUUCCAGACGGACGCCGAGGUCCUGGUGCCGCUCAGCUUCAAGAAGGGAACCAAGGUGCGCAUCAACAAGGUGGUCAGAGUCAACGGCAAGCCCACGGGAGACCAGCCGGCUCCCGGCGGAGGUCGUCGCGGCAAGAGAAUCCGCGUGCGACCUGGCGACCGGGUCGCGCUGCGCCGUAGGCCCGUCCAGCAGACCCUGCCGCCGACCACCACCACGACGACGACUACGACGACGCGGAGGCCGACAACGCCGGCGCCGCCGCAGUACGAAGACGUCGAGUACGAGUACGAGUACGAAGACGAGGAGCCGUCGACGACUUCGACGACCACCACCACCACCACGACGACGACGCGUCGACCCAGCCGGAGACCCGGACGCCGCGGAGGCGGUAGGCGUCCUGCAGCAACUGCUGCUGCUGGGGGCGGUCACCGACGGCCUGUUGUGGCGGCGGCUCCGCUGCCCACCAUACCCCCGGACCCGUUCGCGCCGCCGCUCAUCCUGAUUGACGAGAAUACCGUGGACUGUCACAAGCGCGGUGUGUUCCCGCACCCAGAAGACUGCGGCAAGUUCGUCGUGUGCGCGCCAAACUCGAAGGCGUCCACGGGUCUGCGCGGCUACGUCCACAACUGUCCCGCCGAGAGCCUCUACAAGAAAUCGGUGGGCCGAUGCAUGAAGGGCGACCGCGUAUCAUGCAACAAGUGAGGACGUCCCAUGUUUUCGCCCCCCCCCCCCGCCUUAAAACGUGUUCCAAACUUUUCCAAGAUCAACGUCGCAACCAAGACACAGAGGGAGCCCCUCCACACCUAACAAACAUAGACGUGCGCAUCGAACCUGCAGCAUCUUCGGAGGGCUGCUGGUGCACGGCGCUUCCGUCAGACGAAAUGGGGCGCAAGAAGCCAGUAACAUACAGUGGUGCAUGGACACAAUUUUGCGCAGUUUGUGUCAAUGGGCCACCCUCACUUCAACGUCUGUCCCAGCGACCAGGAGCACCAGAUCACAGUUGGGCCAAGAAGAACCUUCUACAAACUUGACCACGCGCCAUAGCACAUGUUAGGCAAGGAGGCACAUGCAACACUCAGAUAAGCAUCCAAGAAUAGUCCUGCUCAUUUUUCUUUCUUUAUGUGUACCUGCUUCACAGCAAAAUGUACACUGCUGCAAGGUAUGCGGGGUUGUGGUGUGGCACGUCCGAUAGUGCCAUGGCUUUACCAUUAUACAGCACAACCAGAAGGUUGUGGCAUGCAGUAAGAAUGCAGUCUACGCACGAAAGCACCUGCUUCAAGAGUAACUUCAAACCCAGUGUACCCUGCAUCUGCUUUUGACCCAGCAGCUACAGCAGGAAAAAUAAUUGUGCCACUUAACCCACCAGCAAGAACACGUGUCAAGAGAUCGCAUAAAAAUCUACAUUAUCUUGGACGCUGCCAAACUCCACCUUAUUUUUGAAUUCCACCAUUUUUUUCCCUAGCCAAUCAGGAAUGGCACAGCCAUGGAGUUUCCUAGAAAACUAUCGGGUAUGAUUACCCUGUUAGCCACAGAGUUAGUCAAUCCUAUUGGCAUCAAAAAUGACGAAUUUGGCAAUGUGGCAGAAUUUGACAGUUUUCAGAGGAGCUAUUCUGGAUGCUAUCAAAUUCAAAAGUGUUGCAGAAUUCACCCAUUUGUCUGCUCUCACUGGCUACGCCCUCCCUGAUUGGCUCAAAACAUCAGCAUGGCUGAAUUCGACAACGCGGCAGAAUUUGACAUUGUCCAGAAUGGCACCGCAACUCAUUAGAGAUAGCCAUAGAAGACGAAGACGCAGCCAAUCCAGUGACAUCAGCAGUGGUGUCAGCAGCUCCCCGUGAAUCUUGCUGUGUGUUGUGCAGGGAUUUUCUAUGUUUGCCCUCGUGCGCACAGAACUGACGUCACUGCGAGGUGACAGGCUCAAGAGACGCUAUAGUACAAAAGGCGCUUCCCUGAAACCUGGAAGCCGUGGCUGUGGCUUCAAAUGUGCUAAUGAUGCUAUCUUGUCAUGGAAAGAAAUAAAACGAGAAACAUGGUAUGCUG